AUGCCCAUGGGAAUUAAUAACCCUUUGCCCUCUUCCAUGAGGAGCGAAUGCAAGAAGAGCGGAAAGAUUUUGGCAAGCUUUGUAGACCCAAGGCAAGCAUUUGGUCCAGACAAGAUUAUACCACCACAGAUUCUGGCAAAUGCGAAGGGUCUGGCUAUCAUCACAGUUUUUAAAGCUGGCUUUCUUGGCUCUGCGCGGUUCGGCUCCGGUGUCGUCGUCGCUCGUCUCGCGGACGGGACUUGGUCUGCCCCAUCGGCAAUCGGAACAAUAGGAGGAGGCUUCGGAGGACAGAUUGGCUUCGAACUUACCGACUUCGUUUUUAUACUGAACGACGCUGCAGCCGUACGCACAUUCGCGCAAGCUGGCUCUCUCACACUAGGAGGAAACGUUUCCAUCGCCGCUGGUCCUGUCGGAAGGAACGCAGAAGCAGCAGGCGCGGCGAGUUUGAAGGGUGUAGCAGGCAUAUUCGCAUACUCCAAGACCAAGGGAUUGUUUGCUGGCGUGUCACUAGAAGGCAGUGGACUGAUCGAGCGACGCGAUGCAAACGAGAAACUGUAUGGCCGAAGAUGGACGGCAAGGGAAUUGCUAGGUGGCAGUGUCCCAGUCCCUCCGGCCGCUGAACCGCUUAUGAGAGUACUCAAUUCAAGGAUCUUCUCCGGCGUUGCUGGCUCUGCGGCUGCCAAUGAUCCUAUGUACAACGAUAUUCCAGUCUAUGACGACCGUCACGAGGAUGUUGUUUGGCAAGGCAAACAAGGCUCAGCAUAUGGUGAAGGAGUAAGAUCCGAUCGUACUGGUGGAGGGGCAUCCGGCGACUACGAAUACAGCGACAAUCCCAAACCUUCGAGGGCCAGUACUUGGGCGGAUGACGUAUACGACAGGACUCCAGGCAGUGGAGGCUUGAAUCGCUCCAACACUACACGUGCAAACCCCCACGAGACUUUCGAUCAGAUGGAGAGACGCACCAGGAGUAACAGUGAAUUUUCAAACAAGCCAGGCAGACCGACGGCCCCGAAGCCAAUGUUUGGGGCGAAGAAAGCAUCACUGGGCGCUGAUCAAGCAAUCGCAAAAUUCACAUUCGAGGCAGAUCAGCCUGGCGAUCUUGGCUUUAAGAAGGGCGAUAUUAUCACUAUUGUCAAAAGAACAGAGAGCGAGACAGAUUGGUGGACUGGAAAGAUUGGCAAUCGGGAGGGCAUUUUCCCCAGCAACUAUGUUGAGACCGUCUGA